GUUCCACCUUCAACAAUCCAAGGUAUAUAAGGAGAGUCCACCCUAUCAUAACACACAGGAUAUCAAAAUAUCAAAUUCCAACUCUUGCAAGCUAGCUUCUACCAAUCUUUCACAACUCUUGUUCAAAGAGAAACAGCUUAUAGGAUGAAGAGCAAAAUCUUGAAGGCACUGCCAAAAGCAGUUUCAGCAGUCACGGUGACAUUUCAAAACCAUCCAUUCAGCCCAGGCAGGGACCACAAAUCAAAGCCUAUCGUAUCCAUGAUUCCCCAUGAAGCUAGAAGAAAAACCCAUGAUAGAGGCAAUAAUAACGACAUUGAUGAAAUUUAUUCUCAAGAACCCACUUCACCGAAAAUCUCCUGCAUGGGACAGAUCAAGCACAAGAAGAAACAAAUCGAAAAAUCAAAGUCCAAGAGCAAGUCCAUGACAAAAGAAGCGAGGAAUGUUGCUAGCAAACAAACAUCCUCAGCUUCCAGAGACAUAGAGGUAAAAAAUCACGUUUCGACGUUUCAAAAGAUGUUAUUAUUCCAUGGGACAAAGCCAAAGUCUGAUGGAAGGAAAUCCAACGCUUCUGCGCCUGGAGAUAUUAACAAGGAUCGUGCUCUUGCUGACGCAGCACGUGCACCGCGCGUGAGUCAGAUGAGAAGGUUUUCAAGUGGACGUGACGCUCUUGGUGAUUUUGAUUGGAAGGUGGCUCAGGUGGCGCCAGAUGAAGAGGAAAUUGAUUACUAUUCGGAUCAUUACAGAGUGGAUAGUGAUGGCGAUGAAGAGGAACAGAUUAUUAUCCCUUUUUCUGCACCCCUUUUGGUUGGUGUUGGAGUUGGUCAUGGGGGUGUGCUUAAUUUGAAGCCACGAAUAGAAAUUAACCUGUGGAAGAGAAGAACCAUGGCUCCACCUAGGCCUCUUCAAUUGGACAGAGCAAACUGAUUAUUUUGUUCAUUACAAAUGAAGAUUAAUUUGUUCUUUCGAUUUUUUUAAUGGCUAUGUUUUUGGUUUUGAAACAUUUUCUGUGCCAAACUGCAGAUUGAUUUAAUUAGGUACAGCAAAAAAAAAAAAAUGUAGUUGGCAACAUGUUGUGAUAGGCAAGUAUCGUAUUGUGAAUGAAUAUAUUAGCAUCAAAAUUCCGAUCUGUAUCCUAGUCAAAUGCCAUUCAUCAAAAUUACCUCCAUGAGCUUAAGUAUAA